CAAUUUUGAUGAUUUCUAAGCAGACAAAAAACACAGAAAAUGAGGCUUGUGUGGCAAGCAAUAACAGCUUAGUAGCAGUUUAAGCGUUCGCAAACUGAGCAUCGUCGAGGAAAUGGGUAACAAUAAUACAACUGAUAUCAAAGAAGAAGACAACGUGCGCGAAGCUGAGAAGAAAACUCAUAAUGACCUCAAUCAUCACGAAGAUAGUGUGAAGGAAGAGAAUGAAGUAAACCCAACAUCCAAAAGGGAAUAUGCUGACUCUAAAUCUGCAAAGGAAUUUUAUGUUCAUUCAACAAGUGAACCUGCGAAAGAUGAGCCACAAGAAGAUAAGCUUACAGAUGAUUUAAAAGUAGAAAUGCAAGCAGUUCCAACAGCUGAAGGCAAAGAUGUUGAGGAGAAAGUUACAUUGCCAAGCAUGUCCAAGAAUGAUUCAUUCCAAGAAGGUACUAAUGCAGGGAAUGCGCAUAUGGAGAACCGAAUGAUUCCAACUUCUGAAAGUGAAGAAUUUCAGGAGAAAAAUGCACCUUCUGAUCAUACAGGAGGUGAAGGAGAUACUAAUGCAGGUGAUGUGCAUACGCGAAAUCAAAUGCAUCCAACUGCAGAAGGCACAGACGUUCAAGGAAUCGAUACUAUGUUGGCUUUAGAUCAUAGCGAAGCAAGUGAUCCUAAAGAACAUGUAUCUCAGGGUCUAGAUACUUAUCAUGCCAGUAACAAAGAUGAAACUGAAUUUGUUCUGUGUGACAGCCGAAUCGAUGUUCUUGCUAAAAGUACCAUUGUGGAUUCAGAGGAUCAAUUUGAUUUGACAAACUCUAAUAAUAGUGCAGGGCAAGAAAUACUUGAAGUUGGACUACCUGACAGAACUGAAAAUGCUGAAUCAGUUGAAGAAGGUGGUGAAAAAUGUGAAAUUUUGUCAAGUUUUUCAUUAGUAGAUACUGAGGAUUAUGGAAAUCAAACAGAAUCAACGUUAAGGGAGGAUCUGUUGUUAACAAAUCUUGAUCACCUUGAAGAAGAUCCUAAACAAGAGGAAGAGAACACAAAAGUCUUAAUAUCGGCCGCGGAGGACAUGUUCAGUGAAGCAGAACUUCAAGAAUCACCAGUUGCGGAUCAAGUCCUCCCUGAAUCAUCACUAAUAAAAGGUGAUUUUCUGGAUACUACUCUUAUUCGUCCUGAAGAUAAUGAUGUUGUUAUAGAAAGAGAUACACAAACACAAGAAAACAAUGUAUCUUCUAACAUUUCUGGAGACAAUGAUAGAGAUGAAGUAAAGAAUAGUUUGGGAGAUUUAUCCGGAAUCAAAUCCAAUUCGCCAAGUGGCAACAUAAGCAAUGGUACUAAUUUGUUGACCAAGGUAAAUGGGGAACACUCGUCAAUGCAUGAAUUUGAGGAAAAUCACAAGUUGCUUCAUGCAGAAUCAACAACAGAAAAUUCGCAUGAAAAGAGUCCUAUAGGGCCUAAUGGGGACUCCAAUGGAGAAAGAAAUGAAGAACCAACUUGUAAUGGGCACCAUUUUGAUGACUGUGAUGAUAACAACCCCAACAAGAAGGAUUCAGAUGAAGCUGAAAAAGGCCUUGAGGUUUUAGAACAAUGCAACUCUCAGUUGGUAACCAUAGAUCAUGUUGAAUCUUUUUCUCUGCAUAAUUCUAGUUCAUUGUUACAUAUCUAUAAUUUCCAAGAGGGCACUGAGAACCACACCAAAAAUCACAAUGCCUCAAGCAUGUCAUCCUCGGAUUAUGAAGACGCAACUUCAGUCAAUGAUAAGAAUCGCAACAACAAUGCUUCAGAAGAUCAAAAUCAUCACCUUGUUAUAGCUGAAGCUGAAGUUAUUCCACUUGUUUCACAUGUAGAAUCCUUUUCAUUGCAGAAUUCCAAUUCCCUUUCACAUGUGUAUAGUUAUCAAGAGAUCAGCGAGAAGCUGAAUUCUUCAAUUGAUGAUAAAGCAUUUGACAAUGAAUGUGAAGAUUGCACUGAUCCAUGUCCGAACAAUUCUACACUUGAAACAAGGGAAAGUACAUCAACAACAACUACUGUAGAUAGCUGUUCUUGUCAGAUACAAAAAUCACCAAGCUUCAAUCUCAAUCUUCAAAUUGGAGAAUCAGAGCAGAGUCCAUUGCUCUAUGAAGAUAAGUGCAGUACAAGUGAGAUGCCAGUGGAAGAAGAGAAAAUAGUUACAAUGGAAAGAAGCUACAGUGAGAAAUCUAAGUACUCAAAACAAGGUAACAUUGCUGGAACAUGUGAAACAGUAGAGAAGGAAGUGACACCAACUAUGCCAAAAUCAAAGGAAAAGAGAAAGGCUGUGUCUUCAUUCUUCAUCAACUGCAUGUGUUGUGCAACUGUUGCAAAUUGAAUUGAAGCCUUCUAAACUAUAUACUUAUUUAUUUUUGUUCUUUAUUUGUGAGGCUGAGU